CCGGUCAGCGCGGGGCAACACUGUCGCUUCCCCCCGCGCUGAGACAUCGCACUCUACAGAGACGAUGGCGGCAGCUAUGGCAGCGGCGAGAGAUGGGCGGAGGACAGAGGGAGAAGGCGGAGGGGGAGGGGGAGGAGGCGGAGUACUUGGGGAGAGAGUGGGAGCAGGAGAAGCAGGAGACCGCGGUCGCGCGGAGGGAGCGAGCGCAGGACUAGGCACUGCCAUUGCAUCGUCUGCCAGGCUUCGGCGAAAACUGCGCGGUGUGCGCGUUGUGAGGUAUGCGCAGGAGGAAGGGAUCCGCCGUUUGCCGCCUCGAUGUAGCGCGGCAAUUAGCGCAGGCAAUGGGCCUCUGGGUGGCGAUGACAACGCCGUACUGGUGGCCAUUGCUGCCGCUAUAAGGAGUUGCGCGAAGCGUGGUAGCGAUAGCGACAAGGGCGGCGGAGCGGAGAGUGUGGAGCGGAGCGAGGCUGCUGCAUCUUCGUCGUUGCCGCGGUUGUUGCAUCGCACAGAUAAAAGAAUGGAGUUGAGCUGCAUCGAGGUACUAACGAUGGCGCAAGUCAGGAAUGCCAUCCCCAAUGCAGACAUCUCGGAGCAUGCGCAGUUUACGAUCAGCAAAAAGGGAAUGUAUAAGGUGACAGGUGAGAGGAUUGAGGAUGGUGGGAGUAAAGACAAGGUUGAGCAAGGGGAUUGGUGGCUAAAGCAGGUCUGGGAGCAAAGGCCUGGUUGGCUUCGGGUGUGGAAUCCAAACCUUCCAGCCUUUCCAGUUCCUAUCAUUGCGCAGCGCUGGGAGAAGCCGUGUAAAGGUGACCAUACAGCACUGGAGACGGUGGCGAAUGUUUUGACGUCUGUACCUUUCAUUGUAAUUGGUCUAAACACUCAUCGGAUGGCCAUGAGCACACCUAAAUUAAAAACGAAGGAAAGUUUAAGAAUGUAUGGCAAGUCAGUAAUUGGAUGAUGGUUCGACUCAUUCUUUUGACGGCGGAUACGAGUUAUUCGCUUGAACCUUGAAGAGAAUUGAACACAGAUUCCAUUUGAUGGUGGAUUCAUGGAAUACCCAUCUCAUGUGGUGGUACUGUAAUCGUUUUAUGGCGGGGAAUCCGCCGGAAUUGAAAUGUAUCUAAAUGGAUAGAGUAAUCAUUUGGCAGCAGCUUGUCCACGUCGGGGUUACAGCACUCCGUUAUACGGACUUCAUCCUUUGGUGAGAGAGCUUGAAAAGCCCAACACCAUCAGCUAGAUGCCCAACCUGGAAGCUAGGUCACUAGCAGGCCGGAUAGCCAGAUAGCCAGCUACCAAGCAGAUCGAAUAGGUAGGCAGUCGGCUAACUAGCAGGCCAAAUAGCAGGGAUAGCAAGCAAGUACAUUUAUUCAAUCAAACACCGGUUGAAUCAUUCUGAAAGCAAUUAAGUUUGAAAUUGAAGUUGAUUGAACAAAAGCAAUACCAUGUC